UCGAGUUCUAUAAACACCACAUUACAUACAAAAAUGGAAGCUAAAAGAUCCCUAUUAGCCAUCUUCCUCCUCCUUUCCUUCCUCUCCAUAUCAACCGCAGCACCAACUCGAAAAACCCGAACCCGAAAACCAUGCAAGAGCAUGGUGUUUUAUUUCCACGACAUAAUCUACAACGGCCAUAACGCAAAGAACGCAACAUCAGCCAUUGUAGGUUCACCACAAUGGGGGAACAAGACCAUUUUAACAGGACAAAACCAUUUCGGAGACCUGGUCGUGUUCGACGACCCCAUUACCUUGGACAACAACUUGCAUUCGAAACCAGUGGGUCGGGCCCAAGGGUUUUAUAUCUACGACAAGAAAGACAUAUUCACAGCUUGGUUGGGUUUCUCCUUCGUUUUCAAUUCUACCCAACAUAAAGGAAGUAUAAACUUCGUCGGUGCUGAUCCAUUGAUGAACAAGACGAGGGAUAUAUCAGUGAUUGGUGGAACAGGUGAUUUCUUCAUGGCUAGAGGAGUGGCUACUUUGAUGACUGAUGCCUUUGAAGGGGAAGUAUAUUUUCGUCUUCGAACUGAUAUUAAUUUGUAUGAAUGUUGGUAAACCAUUGAGUUUUUAAUUUUCGAUUAGAAACUUUUUUUAGUUGUUUGCAUCUUGAAGAGUUUCAUCAAUGAAGAAGCACCGUAUGAGACUGUAAUUUGUGGUUAAUAAGGGACCCUUCAUGUUUGGCUUCUCAUUGAUUUGUUAUAUUCAUUUGUUGUAUUUCGAAAACAAGUUUUAUAUAUUUUACAUCUUUAUUUUAUGGUUGAUAUUAAAA